GAUAAAAGUUUCAUGAUACUUUUCCAGUAGUUUGUAAGACAUACUGAUUGAAUCUGUGAAAAAGUUUGGGACAAGAAAUGAAGAGUGCAAAAUAUCUACUCGCAUUUAUUAUUAUCAUCAAAAUUGAUACCUCUUUGAGUCGAGUUAAAGUUGCUGUUUACUAUGAGACCAUGUGUCCUCAUAGUAUUAAUUUCGUAAGGAAUAAAUUCCAUCCCUAUUACAAGGUAUUGAAGGAUUACAUCCAGGUAGAAUGGAUUCCUUAUGGUAGAUCUAAUCAUACUCGUGUAAAUGGAAAAUGGCAGAUUCAAUGUAAAAAUGGCAAAGAUGAGUGCAAAUCCAACAAAUUCCAAGUUUGUGCUCUGGAGGAAGGCAGAAGUCAGGACAAAAAUGUAGAUUUCAUUACUUGUGUUUUGUCCUUGGGUUACCCAGGACAUACGAGAGGAAUUGAAGAUUGUGCCGAUAGGAACUCUUUCGACUGGGCAGCAAUAAUGGAAUGCUUCGAAAAUGGCAGAGGAGACGAGCUAAUGGCCAAAAUGGGACAAAAAACACGUCGAUUGGCACCUCGCUUGAAACAAGUUCCAACUAUAGUGUACAACGAUACCUUCGAUGGUCGGUUAUGUGAUUUGGCUCUGAAUGACUUCGUUAAGACUACUUGUUCCAUGAUAAUCGGUCAAAAACCUAGCAUAUGUUGAAGAUUAACUAUAUAAAAUAUCUUCUUAUUGAAGAAAAAUAAACGUGUCAAAUUUUUUAUCUUUAGUUACUUAUACAGAAUAGA